AUGCCUGUUGAUUUGAAUGAAUUUAAAAGCAACCCCGUUUACUUAAAGUAUCAUGAAUUGGAGAUAACUUACCAGAAGUAUCUUGACCACUCAGUUCCCUUCGCUCAACGUAGAUGGAUUGGAUUUGGAGGUUUAUUCUUCCUAUUUUUCUUAAGAAUUAUAACUUCCCAAGGUUGGUAUAUUAUCUGCUAUGGACUUGGCAUCUACUUGCUUAACUUAUUUUUGGCCUUUUUAACCCCUAAAUUUGACCCUUCACUAGAACAAGAAAUGAAAAACGAAUCCAUUGAAGAAGGUCUUGAUGAUUCUACCGGAAACGAUGAAGAUACCGCAGAAGAAUUCCGUCCUUUUAUUCGUCGUUUACCUGAAUUCAAGUUUUGGUACAACGCUACCCGUGCUACUACCUUAUCAUUGUUUUUAUCUUUCUUUUCAAUCUUUGAUAUCCCUGUGUUUUGGCCAAUUUUGUUGAUGUACUUCGUCAUUUUAUUUACUUUGACUAUGCGUAAACAAGUUCAGCAUAUGAUUAAGUAUCGUUACUUACCAUUUGACUUCGGAAAGACAAAAUACACUAAGUCAUCCAAAUAA